AUGUCUCCAUCCAAAUACCUAGCAGUCUUGGCAUUGGCCUCUCAGGUCCUCGCCGUUCCGUACGCCGGUCAUCAUGGCCACGCCGCGCACCAGCGCAUUCAUCGAAGAGACGCGCCCGCUGCGUAUGGGGCAUCGUCCUCUUCUGCCGCCGCCGCAAUGCCCUAUCCGAUCACGAAUGGAACCACCAGCCGCAGCAGCGAGCUUUCUCCCCAAUCACCAAGUCUGACUCCAACCGGCUACGAAUCCUCCACCAGCACUGCCAAUGCUGUGCCCACCACGWAUGGUCCAUCUUCUAGUGAAGCGGUCGCAAUUCCAGUCACCCCUCAAUCCUCUGCUGCUAAUGGCCUACCAACGUCUCUCGGUUCGUCCUCCGAGGAUAUUACCACCACCACCACCAUCCGCCAAACGAGCACUACAACCUCGUACACGACUGUCUACCUCACUUCCACCAGUGCAUCGCAGCAAGCUCCAGCAAGCAGCGCUGCAAGCAGCAUUGCUGACAGCAACUCCGCUUCUGCCUACAAGGAGGUCAAGGAUGUGGCAGCUAACACCGCCGGCAGCAAUGCGCCAGCGUUGACUGACGCAGAGCAGUGCGCCGCCAUUACAGUGACUGCCACCCAGAAACUCACGGAGUACAUCACCAUCYCUCCUUCGUCGACCGCUGUGGCAGCUGCAGAUGUCUCCUCUGUUGCUCCAUCCUCGAUCGUCGAUGCUGGGAGCUCGUCCGCAUACAGCUCUGUUUCUCACCCAGCACCAACUUCAAGCAAGAAGAGCAGCGACGCAGGAGCUGUUCCUGCUACGUCGUCCGCUCCCGCAUAUGUCGCGCCAAGUUCCAGCAGCAAGGCUGCAGCUCUGCCAACUUCUGCUCCGGCUGCACCGGCUUACGUCGCUCCAAGCUCGAGCCACACUUCUGAGGCAGCUCCAGUGAUCACAUCCAAGUCAUCUGCAACAAGCGCCGCUAGCAUCGCGACCACCCACGAGAAUAAGGGUCCCGCGGGUGCUGUCUCGACGUCCGAGGCGUUCGCUCCGGUAUAUCAGAGCUCCGUUGCAUCCUCUUCGACAUCGGCUGCGGCUAGUCAGAGCUCCAUUGCAUCUCCCGCUGGCGGCAAACGCGGUCUCGCCUACAACGAUGCCAGCUUGACUGAGUGCUUUACCGGCGGCAGUGAAAUUACCUGGGCUUACAACUGGGGCUCAUCUGCAGGUGAUCUCGCCUCUGGUCUGCACUUCAUUCCAACCCUUUGGGGACCUGCUUCUGACUUCACUGGCCCCUGGAGUGAAAACGCCAAGUCUGCAAUCAGCAGCGGCUCGACUACUUUGUUUUCGUUCAACGAGCCAGAUCUUGCCGCGCAGUCCAACUUGUCACCAGCUGCCGCUGCCGCUGCCUACAAAACAUACAUGCAACCGCUGGGUGACUCUGCCAAGCUUUGCGCUCCUUCAGUCACCAACAGCCCCAGUGACGGCCAGGGUCUCUCUUGGCUCUCCGAGUUCCUUGAGGCAUGCAGCGACUGCCAAAUCSACUGCAUCAACAUUCACUGGUACGAUUCCGCCGAGAACACUGAAUACUUCAAGUCUCAUAUCGAGGAUGCGACGAAGCUUGCCAACGGCAAGCCGAUUUACGUUUCCGAGUUCGGCGCCACGGGUAGCGAUGAGCAAAUCUCCUCCUUCCUUCAGGAGGUGAUGCCUUACAUGGACAAUAACUCGGCCAUUGCUGGGUACGCCUACUUCUGGGUAGAAAGUGGUGUUCUCGUCACUGGCACGGAGCCUUCGACUUAUGGCAACGUCUACAAGUCCUACACCUCUUAG